AUGGUUGCUAGUGUUAAGAGAACUAUCCGUGUUAAAACGAGUCAACACAUCCUUCCAGAUGUUCCUCCUGUUGAAAAUUUCCCUGUUCGUCAAUGGUCCAUAGAGAUUGUACUAUUAGAUGAAAAUGGAAAUGAAGUACCAGCAACAAUCUUUGAAAAGGUGAUAUACCAUUUACAUCCAACGUUUGCUAAUCCUAAUAGAACAGUAACCGAAAUUCCAUUUAGAAUUGAAGAACAAGGUUGGGGUGGAUUUCCUAUGGAUAUUAGUGUAUUUUUCUUAGAGAAAGCAGGUGAAAGAAAGGUUCCACAUGAUUUAAAUUUCCUCAAUGACUCCUACGAAACAGAUCAUGUUGUGCAAGUUCCUUUAAAUAAACCAUUAUUGCUUGCUGAACUAGAGAAAAGUGGUAGUGUUGAAGAAAACCCAUCUACAAGUGCAAAGAGAAAAACCUCUGUUACAGGUGCCGCUGAACCUAAACCCAAAAAGGCUAAGACAGCAACAGUAUCCACAAUGAGAGGUAAUGUCGAUCUCGAGAAACUUGCUCUUGGAUUAACAAAAUUGAAUGAAGAUGAUUUAGUUGGUGUAGUUCAAAUGAUAAGUGAUAAUAAUACACCGGAAAUGAAUGUAACAAAUAAUGCUGAUGAAGGUGAAUUUAUUGUAGAUUUGUAUAGUUUACCCGAUGGUUUACUAAAGAGUUUAUCAGAUUAUGUAAAAAAAAAUACUGUAUAA